AUUUGAAGAGCUGGCGGCGGCGGCAGAGGCGGCGGCGGGAGGAGACCUAGAACAAGAUGGCAGUGAACCAGAACCAUACAGUGGACCGCCGUUGGGCCGCCAUCCCUCAUGGUGAAAGUCUCUUGAAGAAAUGUUCAGAAGUGGACCUCUCCUUCCCCCAGUCACCGCCAGGCUCCAACCUCUUUAGUGGUACAAAGAGGGGGGCUCUGUUUCUCACCUCAUACCGGGUGAUUUUUGUGACUUCGCGUGCAGACAACGAUCCCAUGUUUUCUUUUACGAUGCCAUUUCAUCUAAUGAAUAACUGCACCGUUGAACAACCAAUCUUUGGUGCAAACUACAUUAAAGGGACAAUUCAGGCAGCUCCAGACGGUGGCUGGGAAGGCUCUGCUACUUUUAAAAUAGUCUUCCGGAAAGGAGGUGCUAUCGACUUUGCCCAGUUGAUGGCCAAAGCUGCCUCUGCGGCUGCCCAAGGAGUUCCACUAAGAGUUGCAAGCUUCUGGAUGGGCCCUCUAGGAAUUUAUGUCAUCACUGGGGACAGGAACAUGUAUGCCCCACAGGCAUGCCAAGUUGCCUAUGGAGCCCCACCUUCGGGAUAUGGGGCCUCACCUGUGGGAUACGGAGUCCCAUCAGCAGGGUAUGGAGCCCCACCUGCGGGGUACGGAGCCCCACCUGCGGGGUACGGAGCCCCGCCAGUGGGUUAUGUAGCCCCAUCUCCCAGAUACGAUGUCCUGCCUCCUGGAUACGGAGCUGUGAGAUAUGGCUCCCCUCCUCCUCUAUAUGUAGCUACCCCAAUGGGCUAUGGAGUUCCACCUCCUGGGUAUGGACCUCCACCUGUGAGAUACGGAUCCCCACCUCCUGGAUAUGAAGCCCCCACUAUGGAGUAUGGAGCCCAACCUCCCAGAUACGGAACUACACCUAUGGGAUCCGGUUCUCCACCUCCCAGAUAUGAAGCCCCGCCUAUGGGGUAUGGAACUCCUCCUUCAGGGCGUGAGUCCAUACCUCCUGGAUCCACAGCCACGUCUGUAGCGCAGGAAGCUCCACCUGCUGGGUCUGAAGCAGGCCAUCCCAUGUCUGUGGCAGUCCAGAAUCCUGAAUUCCAGGCAUCUUUUCCCUCUACCUCAUCCUCACAAGUCCACUCUCCCCGCUCUAAGAUGUAAACCUUGAAGUUUCACCAAGCAAAACAGCACCCUAGUGUUGAAGUCACGAUAACCCGGAACACUUAGGUAUCUGAUCACAGACCUGUUCUAGGUAGUUUGUUUGCCUCCUUGGGAGUUCAGUCACAGGGUGGAACCAAAUCUUAUCUCCAUGCCUUGCUUGUAGAAGCAGUGUCAAUUCUUGGUUAGCUGGAUAAAGAAGGGACAGCGUCAGAGGGCUAAAUCCCCUAAUGUCUUGCUUGACCUAGGAUGCAUUUAAAUCGUACCUUGCUGUGAGUUUGC